GGCUUAACUAGCCUCUUUCUGCUCCGACUGCUGCCCGUCAGUGACCGCGUCGAGCGUCUCCGGAUAGUCCGCUCAUAACCUGCUCUUCCUGUUCAUAUUUCAUACUUCAUACAUCUGAGGGUAUAACAUCUAAAGACAAAGGAUCGAAACGGCAAGAUGAGCUCGCUGAAUGUGAAGAAGCUGAAAGUGAACGAGCUGAAGGACGAGCUGAAGAAGAGGAGUCUGAGUGAUAAAGGGCUGAAGGCUGAGCUGAUGGCGCGUCUGCAGGCCGCUCUGGAUCAGGACGCGCUGUCCACCAACGGAGCUGAGGGACAGUACGAGGAUGGAGACGGCCACGGUUACAUGGGCGAGGAAGACCGUGAGGAAGAUCUGGUUGAAGAGAGCAUGGAGGCUGAGGAGGAGGAGGAGGAGGAGGGCGAUAACGCGGAGGCUGAGGAGCAGCAGGAUGAUGACAUGGGGGAGGAGGAGGAGGAGGACGCCGGGGUAGAGAUGGAUAAGUCAGAUGAUGAAGAUGAAGAUGUCCUGCUCAAAGAAGAUGAUGAAGAGAUGGAGAAAUUUGAUGAGGAUGGUGUGGCUCUCGACAUGGGCCCUGGCGAGGGGGAUGCGGACAAAGACAAGAAUGAUGAACAGAAGAAUAAGAAGGGUGUAAAGAGACGCCGAGAUGAACAUGGAAGGGGCUACUUUGAAUUUAUUGAAGAAAGCAAAUACAGCCGGACAAGGUCUCCCCAGCCUCCACUGGAGGAAGAGGACGAAGAGUUUGAUGACACAACUGUAUGUUUGGACACCUACAACUGUGACCUGCACUUCAAGGUGUCCCGGGAUCGGUAUAGCGCCUCUUCUCUCACCAUGGAGAGCUUUGCAUACCUGUGGGCCGGGGGACGAGCAUCUUAUGGUGUGGCAAAAGGCAAAGCUUGCUUUGAAAUGAAGAUUAUUGAGAAGAUUCCUGUAAAACACAUUUCCAGUAAAGGAAUUGAGAUUCAUGAUGUCCUGGUGGGUUGGUCACUGGCAAACAGCUGUCUUUUACUUGGGGAGGAAGUGCACUCAUAUGGCUUUUCAUCUAAGGCCAAGAAAACCAGCAACGGUUUGACGGAGGACUUUGGGGAGGCUUUUGAUGAGAAUGAUGUUGUCGGCUGCUUUAUUAACUUUGAUGGUGAAGAAGUGGAAAUUUCCUACUCCAAGAAUGGCCAGGAUCUGGGAACAGCUUUCAGAGUUAGUAAGGAUGAGCUGGAAGGAAAGCAGUUCUUCCCUCACGUCCUCUGCCACAACUGUGCGGUCGAGUUCAACUUCGGCCAAUGUGAAAACCCGUUUUUCCCCCAACCUGAAGGCUUUACGCUCCUGCAGCAGAUCAAUGUUUGCGAUCGCAUCAGAGGACCAAAGGGCCCCGAAACCAAAGAGGACUGUGAGGUCAUUGUCAUGGUUGGACUGCCUGGAUCUGGAAAAACGGAAUGGGUUACAAAGCACACACAAGCCAAUCCUGGAAAAUACAACAUUCUUGGAACAAACACAAUCAUAGAGAAAAUGAUGAUUUCCAGUUUGAAGCGACAGAUGAAGGAUGUCACAAAGCUCUCGGCGAUAUCUCAGCGUGCUCCCCUCUUCCUCGGGAAAUUCAUCGAGAUCGCUGCACGUAAAAAACGCAACUACAUUCUUGACCAGACUAACAUAUCAGCGCCAGCCCAAAGAAGGAAAAUGUGCCUGUUUGCCGGUUUCCAGCGUAAAGCAGUGGUAGUCUGUCCGACAGAUGAGGAAUAUAUACAGAGAACUCAGAAAAAAGCAGAAACAGACGGCAAAGAUGUACCUGAACAUGCAGUCCUAAAAAUGAAGGGAUUAUACACGCUGCCUGUAGAGGGUCAGUGCUUCAGUGAAGUGCUUUAUGUCGAGCUGCAGAAGGAAGAAGCUACCAAACUUCUUGAACAGUACAAAGAGGAGAGCAAAAAGUCCCUUCCUCCCGAGAAGAAGCCCAACCAGGGAGGUGUUCAACCAAAGAGGGGAGGCGCUCGGGGACGAGGAGGCAAAUAUCUGUUCAACCAUGGAGGAGGACCGGGUCAGAGGGGAGGACGAGGAGGCAACUUUCAAAACCGAGGCAACUUUAGGGGUGUGCCUGGACCUCGUGGUGGGUUCAGCAGACCACCUAGAGGCUUCCUUCCUCCCCCUGCCUUCCGAGGAGGCUUCAGCCGGGGCAGUUUCAACCGUGGCGGUGUGAUGCCAAACAGAAGAGGCGCCCCCAGGCCGGGAGCUGGACGUGGCAACAUGGUAAACAUGGGCAACAGGGGAGGAGCCAUGAACAGGGGCAACAUGGGACGAGGGGGAGGGGCUAACCGGGGCAACUUCAACCAGAAAUUCAGGGGCCGAGGGGGAAAUAAUCGAGGUUUUAAAAAUGGAAACUUUAGCAUGAACAAAGCACAAGCUUUCAACCAGAGCUGGCAACAAGGGUUCUGGAAUCAGAAGCCAUGGAGUCAACAGUACCAUCCUGGAUAUUACUGAACAAUAGCUGUGAUGGACUGAUAUCAUAUAAAGAACAUCAGCUUUACUUCCGAAGUCAAACGUUCAUUUGAUCUACUGUCAUUUUGUUUUUGUACAGAUUUUAAUAGGACAUUCCAUACUGGGAGCUUUCAGAGCUUUACAAGUGACCUGUUACAGGUUUUUAAUGUAAUAUUUUAGUUUGUCUUUGACCGCAGGUUUGU